AUGAAAAGAACCGAUAUCGAAAAGGUGGCAUCGGAAUCGGGGGGCAAGCCCCGUGUCAUCGGCGCGGCUCCUGAUAUCCACCAUGGAACGACAGACGCCGCCCACGUCAAUGCGUCGGGCCACGUCCAGGAACUCGAGCGAAAUUUUGGCCUCGUGUCCCUUGCUGGACUGGGCCUUACAACUGGAAAUGUCUGGCCGGCCAUUGGCGGGUCUAUCCUUGUCGCCAUCUUCAAUGGAGGACCCCCUGGCGUUCUGUACGAGUUCCUCGUCGUCUCCUUCUUCUACUGGAAUGUUGCUGCGAGCAUAGCCGAGCUUGCCAGCGCCAUCCCCUCCGCGGCAGGAGUCUAUCACUGGGCCUCGGUCACCCCUGGUGUGGAAAAGGGCCGCACGAUCGGCUUCUUUGCCGGCUGGUGGAACUACCUGGCCUUCGUGACCGGACUGUCUAGCAUGACGUCCAUCUUUGCAAAUACCGUGGUGCAGAUGUAUGCCAUCAACCACCCCAGCUUCGUUGUCGAGAAUUGGCAUGUCUUUGUUGCAUAUGCCUUGUCGACUUGGACGGCCUGCGCGGUUGUUUGCUUCGGCAACCGUAUCGUUCCGCUCUUGAACAAUGCCGGGUUGAUUGCCAUUAUUUCAGGCUUCUUCAUCAGCAUCGUCGUUGUCGCCGUCAUGCCCGGUCGCGGUGGCCGUGCGCCCCAUGCCUCGUCGGCAUUCGUCUGGUCCGACUGGACUGCCGACAUCGGGUACCCAGACGGCUUCGUGUUCGUGACGGGCAUGCUCAACGGCGCAUUUGGCGUGGGCGCCACCGACGUUGUAACACACCUUGCCGAGGAGAUUCCCAACCCUCAACGCAACAUCCCGCUCGCCAUGCUCAUGCAGUAUGGGAUCGGCUUCGUCACCGGAUUCUCCUACCUCAUCGCCAUCAUGUAUGCCAUCAGCGACUACGACGGGCUUUUCGAGUCUUCGUACCCCAUCGCAGACAUCUAUCGCCAGGCAACGGGGUCCGCUGCUGGCGCGACAGGCCUACUGUCCCUCGUCAUGAUCUGCAUGGCCUUCAGUGUCAUUGGAGAAUAUACUUGUACUGGCCGUGCACUUUGGGCAUUGGCUCGUGACGGUGCUACGCCUUUCCCGAAAGUCCUGGGUCGCGUGGAUGAUAGGCUGCAUAUGCCGCUCUGGUCCACGGUCGUGUCUGGCGUGCUUGCUACCAUCCUCGGAGUCAUCUAUGUGGGAAGCGCAACAGCCUUUAAUGCCCUUGUUGGCAGUUACGUGCUUACAUCGACAAGCUCAUAUCUGGCUGCAAUCUUGCCGAAUCUUCUUACCGGCCGCAAGAACAUUGAGUACGGCCCAUUCCGCAUGCGUGGCUGGGUUGGCGUCGUUGUCAACUCCAUUGCUUGUGUGUACAUGGUGGUGUGGUUCGUAAUCUACUGCUUCCCGUACUCCCUGCCUACAGACGCCCAGUCGAUGAACUACUCGUCACUGAUCUGGGGUGCUUUCACAAUCCUUUUUGCUCUGUGGUGGUUCUUCGGUGCGCGGAAGAACUACAAGGGUCCUGGUACAACGGGAAGCCCGGGUGUUUCUGUGGAGGCUUACAAGGAACAAUAG